AUGAACUGCACCAAGCUAAAAUUUCUGGAGAUCAGUGACAAUAAUUUUGAAGGGGAGGUGCAACAAGUCCUCGGAAAAUUGAUGAGCCUGAAGAGCCUUGCGCUUCAAGAGAAUAAUUACAGUGGUGGCAUUGUCUCCUCUGGCAUUCUACAGUUGCCAAACCUCAUCUUCCUUGACCUCAGCUUUAACGGAUUCUCCGACAAGCUUCCUAGCGAAAUCGCUAGCAUGAUGAGCAUCGAAUCCCUCGUGCUUGCAUGUAAUAACUUCUCUGGUAAAAUCCCACCAUCAUACGGGCAGCUUAUGAGGCUCCAAGCAUUCAACUUGUCAUUCAACAGCCUCUCUGGCAAGAUCCCACCAGAGAUUGGUAAUCUGACAUCGCUUCUCUUGUUGAUGCUGGCUGAGAACCAACUUUCAGGAGAGAUCCCAAGGGAGAUAGGAAACUGUACUAGCCUGCUCUGGCUCAACCUUGUUGGAAACAGGAUAUUCGGCAAAAUCCCACCUGAGAUGGCAAGUAUGGGGAGGAAUCCCGGUCCAACCUUUGUCAAGAAUCGAAGCAAUCCUUCACUGAUCAAGUCUGCGACGAGUAAAUGUUUACUUGUGUACCGGUGGGUGCCAGCGAGUUAUCUAGAGUUUGACUUUGUUGAAUCAAUGAUGAUGUCCCAGAAGAACCGCCUAACAAUGUGGAACAGGCUCCUCAUGGGAUAUGACAUACUUCCAGUAACUUCACCAUUACGAACGGCCUUAGGGUAUGUUCAGCUGUCAGGAAACCUUGGAGAGAUACCCUCCACAAUUGGCGCAAUGAAGAACAUUAGCUUGCUCCUGCUUGAUGGCAACCGACUCUCUGGACACCUACCAUCAGAAAUUGGUUGGAUGCAACUAGUUGCUCUAAAUUUAUCCGGCAAUUCUUUCUCUGGUCAGAUUCCAUUCGAAAUUGGUCAUCUGGAUUCCCUAAGGAGCCUCGAUUUGUCUUGGAAUAAUUUCUCCGGUGCACUCCCAUCAAACCUAGACAAGCUGUCCAAACUGAGCAAAUUCAAUGUUUCAUACAACCCGCUUCUCUCAGGGAAGGUCCCAAACACUGGGCAACUCUCCACUUUCAAUGAGCAGUCUUUCCUUGGUGAUCCACUCUUAUCUUUCCACUCGCCGGUGGCUCCCAACCCUCAUUGA